CCAAGGGCUCCUCUCGGCGUUAUUCUCUAGCAGGGGUGGCUUGGAAAUCGGAGCUGACCGGCAACCACCAGAAGAAUUAUACACUAGCUACGCUACCCAGAUCCCCGGGAUCGUGCAUCAUGCAUGUUCUCAGCCGCUUCCCAGCCGGAAACGGGGUCCAUGGGGGAGAGGGGUCGGGAGCAUAGGUAGCGUAGGAGCGCCAUCCUGCUUAUGGAUACGCCUCCCAAGAAAAGUAUAUAAAAGAGAUAUAACCCCAACUUCAAGUCACUCCAAAAGUUCGUGGACGUCACAGCAGCUCCCAACCACCCCCAGCCUAGAUCCCCACAGAUUAUCUCAGGACCAUGAAGUCCCUCCUGCUCUCGGCCCUCGCGGCGGCGGUCACGGCGACCGACCUCCUCCUCCCUCUCUACCAAUACCCCGCCAACAACGGCGGCGCCUGGUCGCCCAUCGAGCAAGCGCUGAGCGCCAACCCGUCGCUGACAGCCAAGAUCAUCAUCAACCCGCAGAACGGCCCCGGCAGCAGUCCCGGGCAGGGCCUGGACGACCCGCAGUACGUCGCGGGCGCCAAGGCGCUCGCCGCGCACCCCAACGCCCAGCUGCUCGGCUACAUCCACACGUCGACCGACGGCGGCAUCACGCGCUGCAACCGGCCCUACGCCGAACUCGUGGCCGACAUCCGCCGCUGGUCGGCCUGGGUCGACGCGGGCAUCGCCAUCCGCGGCAUCUUCGUCGACGAGGCGCCCGCCAACAGCAACAACGACUGCGUCGCCUACAUGCGCAACCUGACCACCUUCAUCCGCACCGACACGGCCUCGCUGCACUUCGCCACCCCGCGCCUGCUGGUCUUCAACCCGGGCGGCACCGGCGCCCUGCAGCCGUACUACGACCUGCAGCCGGACCUGAUCGUCGCGCUGGAGACGUGCUUCACGGUGCCCGAGAGGGCCGGCGGCGACUACGACCAGUGUCCCACGAGCGGCGGGUACGAGCGGUACGACCACGACGGCGUGGGCAGUUCCAUCGAUAAUGUGCUGUUCCCCGCCGUGGGCAGUGCGAAUGCCGCGCGCACGGCCGUGCUGGUGCACGGGUUCCACGACUACAAUGGGCCGUCGGCGAACUUGAGUGCGUCGAGUGCGGUGCUGACGCAGUUGGUGCAGGCGGUGGUGCAGAGGGGGAUUGGUGCGACUUUCUUCAAUACGGCGGGCUACCAUACCUUUACGGAUGGGCCGGCGUCGAUUGGGGCUGUUGCGGGGGUUUUGAGGGCGGCGAAUGGGAAUUAAAUACUACCAACAUGAAGUCUAAGUGACGAACGGGAGGGACGGAAGGCUUUGGAUUGUGUGGAGAACAGUUGGGCAGCGGGCUUUAGCAUAUAUCAACAGUACUAGUAGGUAGAUUGUGAUGGCGCUACACGAAGAGAUUGGAAAGAUGCCU